AUGUUCAGGGCACAGAUCUCGGCUCUGGUAUGUGGUGUUGGUGGGUUUGGAGCUCUCGUUGCCGCCACCACGUCCAAUGAGUGGAGAGUAACCACCCGAGCAUCAUCGGUGAUAACCGCUACUUGGGUUUACCAGGGGCUGUGGAUGAACUGCGCAGGUAACGCGUUGGGUUCUUUCCAGUGCCGGCCGCACUUUACUAUCUUCCAAGUACAAGGUUAUAUCCAGGCAUGUAGAGGACUUAUGAUUGCCGCUGUCAGCCUGGGCUUUUUUGGUUCCAUAAUUGCCCUGUUUGGAAUGAAGUGUACCAAAGUCGGAGGCUCAGAGAAAGCCAAAGCUAAAAUUGCUUGUUUGGCUGGGGUUGUAUUCAUACUGUCAGGGUUAUGCUCAAUGACCGGUUGUUCCCUGUAUGCAAACAAAAUCACAACGGAAUUCUUUGAUCCUCUCUUUAUUGAUCAAAAGUAUGAAUUAGGAGCCGCUCUGUUUAUUGGAUGGUCAGGAGCCUCACUCUGCAUAAUUGGUGGCGUCAUAUUUUGCUUUUCAAUAUAUGACAACAACAAAACACCCAGGUACGCAUACAAUGGGGCCACAUCUGUCAUGUCUUCUCGGGCAAAGUAUCACGGUGGAGAAGAUGUCAAAACCGCAAACCCCUCCAAACAGUUUGAUAAAAAUGCUUACGUCUAAAGAGCACUGCUGCAAGCUGUGUCUUGGGUUUGUUAUAAAGGUGAACCGUUCACACAGUGAUCCCAUCGGGGCUCUCCUAUAAUUAACACU